UUUUUUUGUGUGUAGUGUCUGUCAAGAGGAACGAGCAAAGUUGGUUGUCUGUCCGUCGGAAAAUCGCGUAAUUUGCCUUAUUUUCGGACAUUUCAUGGCCAGUUCGGUGGUCCGCUAUGUAGUGCAGGUGCCGUCGGAAACGGGAGUGCGAAAUUUCCGUCCGUAGUCGCGCGAUUCGGAACGGAAAAGUGGGAUUAUUUUUUGUUCGAUGGUGAAUUCUUUUGUUGUUGGAGCGCCAGCAAUAGCAACAACAACAACAGCAGUGGAAGUUGGAAGUGGUGGAAGAAGAUUCGUGUUUCAAAGGAAAAGGAGGAGAAGCCAGAGUCUGCAGAAAAAGACGUCGUGUCCGUAGGUGCCGUGAAGUGGUCUUCUAGUGGCAAAAGAGUGUUCGGGCCAGGGCCAAAAGAAGGGAGUUGUGGAAUCGGGGAUACUGCCUAUCGGAUCUUAUGUCUGAGGGUCCCCGGCUGGCUGCUGGCAGUCGCUGCUUGCAGAUUCGGGGGCAAAGCCAAGUUCUUCGGGUUGGGUUGGGCAAGUGGCAAGUCAAAACAUUGCACCGUUUAGCUACGUAGAUAGGAAGGAAGGAAGAAGAAGCAUUCGUCGCAUUUGGAGUAAGAUAUCCGUGAACCCGAAUUGAGAAUGGCCAAUUUAAUAGAUGAGGAUCGCCGCAAAAGGCUGAUGGCGCUGGAAGAGAAGAUACGUGACCCGAGUUACAUUGCCAAUCUGGAUUGCUUACUGGAUACCGUGACGGCGCUGGUUUCGGAUUGUGACCACGACAAUGUGAAGAUCAUCAAAAAUAUUGAAACCUAUAUCAAACGAUACAAAGACUUGGCGCGGGAGAUCAACGAUUUGCGCAUGAAACCGGAUGAUUUUAUCGCAAUCAAACUGAUUGGCCGUGGCUCGUUCGGCGAGGUUCAACUGGUGCGCCACAAAUCUUCUAACCAGGUUUACGCCAUGAAACGCUUGUCCAAGUACGAGAUGAUAACCCGCUCGGACACGGCCUUCUUUUGGGAGGAACGCUACAUAAUGGCACACGCCAACUCCGAGUGGAUCGUCCAGCUGCACUUUGCCUUCCAGGAUAGCAAAUACCUGUACAUGGUGAUGGACUACAUGCCGGGUGGUGAUAUUGUCAGUUUGAUGAACAUUUACGAAAUACCGGAGAAGUGGGCCAUUUUCUACACAAUGGAAGUGGUUUUGGCGUUGGACACAAUUCACAAUAUGGGUUUCAUACAUCGGGAUGUUAAGCCAGACAACAUGCUGCUCGACAAGUACGGGCACCUUAAGUUGGCGGACUUUGGUACGUGCAUGCGAAUGGGUCCGGACGGAUUGGUACGAUCGUCGAAUGCUGUCGGAACGCCUGAUUACAUCAGUCCCGAAGUGCUACAAUUUCAAGGUGCUCAGGGGUAUGGGCGUGAAUGUGAUUGGUGGUCGGUGGGAAUUUUUCUAUACGAAAUUCUGGUUGGCGACACACCUUUCUAUUCGGAUAGUUUAGUAGGAACCUAUGGAAAGAUUAUGGACCACAAAAACUCGUUACACUUCCCCGAAGAUGCCCCCAUUAGUGAGAAUGCGAAAUCCCUGAUCAAAGGUUUUCUUACCGAUCGCACUCAACGGCUAGGACGUCACAGCGUUGACGAGAUCAAGUGUCAUCCAUUCUUCCAGAAUGAUGUAUGGACGUUCGAAAACCUUCGUGAGUCGGUCCCACCAGUGGUACCGGAACUAACCAGUGAUGACGAUACUCGCAAUUUUGACGAAAUAGAGAAGAAAAAUAGCGUGGAAGCGAAUUUUCCGACACCGACAACGUUUUCCGGAGACCAUCUCCCAUUCGUGGGAUUCACCUACACGGGAGAUUAUCAGCUGCUGACUGGAACCGCUCAAGACAACGUGGACAACAAAUCCACGGCUUUGAAUUCAUCACACCGAAACCACCAACGGCAUCGAUCUUCAAAUAACGCCGAGCUCAUGCGGAUGGAGAAUAUGCUUCAAAGGGAACGGAACACAAUCGAAAUGCUGGAGAAGCAAGAGCGGACACUCCGACAACAGAUAGAACUAAUCACGCAGAGGGAAACGGAUAUUCAGAAUCUGGCCAAUACUUACGAGAAAGAACUUACUAUGCUGAAGCAUAAUUUCCGAGAAAUGCAACGUAAGGCGGAUAGCGAGCAGGAAACUAGAAGGAAAAUGGAAAAUCUGCUACUGGAAACAAAACAACGUCUGGAAGAGGAAAAAAGCAAACGAACUCGGGAAAUGAACAACAACCAACAGUACAAUGACAAGAUCAACAUGUUGGAAAAGCAGCUGAUUGAUAUUCAAGAAAAGUAUAAAAAUGAAACUGAAAACAGUCAGAAGAUGAAAAAGCAAUUGGCCGAAUUAAGGCUAUCCAAGUCGGAUGUCGAGCAGAAGGCAAACGAUCUCCAAUCAUUGCUAACAGGAUUGCAAGCUGCACGGGACGCUCUACAGCAGGAAGUUGCAGAUCUGCAAACUCGCUUAGCACAGGAACGGAAUGCACGAAUACAGAUGACCGAACUGCAGAAAGAACUCGAAGGAAAGAUUCACUCCUUGGUUGGUGAUUUGGAUCGAUCAAUCACGCGGGAACAGCAAGCGGUGGAAGACAAUCGGAGUCUGUCGGAUAAGAUCUUGGGCCUGGAGAAGGAGAUUGCUUCGAUCGAGUGCGAACUGAAAGCGGUGCAGUGUCGGUACCAUCAGGAGGUGAAAGCACAUCAGGAGACGGAGAAAUCUCGCCAACUGAACAACGAAGAGGCUAACAUGCAGGAGGUUAAAGCACUUCAAACUAAGCUGAACGAGGAGAAGGUAGCUCGGCAAAAAGCGGAGCAAAACUUCCAGGAAAAGGAACGGCAAAUUUCGAUGCUCUCUGUUGAUUACCGCCAGAUUCAGCAGCGGUUGCAAAAACUCGAAGGUGAAUACCGACAGGAAUCUGAGAAGGUUCUAGCAUUGCACAGUCAGAUGGAACAGGAGCAAAGCAAGAAGAGUAGCCUGCUUUCGGAGCUUAGUCUGCAGAGCUCGGAAGUGGCUCACCUUAAGGCAAAGGAAACGCAACUGGUGAAGGAAGUUCAGCAAUUUCGGGAAACUAAACGGAAGUACGAAGAGGACAUAGUUCGAAUAAAAAAUGCUCAUAAUGUGGAUAUUCUACAGAUGAAGGAACUCCAAGACCAGCUCGAAGCGGAACAGUACUUCUCUCGUCUGUAUAAAACGCAAAGCAACGAAGUACGCGAAGAGUUAGAAGAGAAGACCCGACAGAUCCAGGAUCUGGAAGAAGAGCGAACGUCAGUGCUGCAUCAACUGCAGCUGGCAAUAGCUCGAGCGGAUUCGGAGGCCCUUGCUCGUUCGAUUGCCGAAGAAACCGUAGCGGAUCUGGAGAAGGACAAGACUAUGAAGGAAUUAGAACUGAAGGAUCUAAUCACCAAGCACCGCAAUGAGCUUGCAACCAAAGAAGCGGCACUAACGUCACUUAAGGAUCUAGAAACCGAAAUGAACAAAAAACUGAACAACAAAGCGUUCGAACUGGACGACCUUACGCAGCAAAAUCGGAAAAUGCAGGACGAGCUCAGCCAUCUUAAGAGCGAACAGAGCGAAAUGGAAAAACUGCGCACAAAACUCAAGACUGAGACUAUGCUUAAGCAGCAGGCCGUUAACAAACUGGCUGAAAUCAUGAACCGAAAGGACAACAACCUUACCGGUAAACAGAAGAGCAAAGUCAACUCGACGGCCGAUCUGAGGAAGAAAGAAAAAGAGAACAAACGGUUACAGCAGGAACUAUCCGUGGAGCGCGCCAAAUACGACGAAUUGUGUCUCAAGCAUAAUGAGACGAUUAGUAAAUUAUCAAGGGAAAUUGAUAUUCAAAAGAAGCUUCAGAUGGAGAUCGAAUGCAAGGCAACGGAAAUCGAACAUCUGCAGAUGAAGCUGAAUGAAACGGCAUCACUAUCGUCGGCGGAUAACGAUACCAUGGAGGACAACCAGGACGCCAUGUUCGAGGGAUGGUUGAGCGUGCCAAACAAACAGAACAUCAAACGGUAUGGUUGGAAGAAGCAGUUCGUGGUGGUUUCCCCCAAGCGGAUCAUCUUCUACAGUUCCGAGGUGGACAAGCAAAACACCAGUGACCCAUUGCUUAUCAUAGAUCUAAGCAAAGUGUUCCACGUGAGGCCUGUUACGCAAGGUGAUGUCAUCCGGGCGGAUCCCAAAGAAAUUCCACGGAUUUUCCAGCUGCUGUACGGUGGUGAAGGCGAAGCAAGGAGACCCGACGAACAACAGCAGCUGGAUGUUAGCUCAUCGAAAGCGGACGAACGGCCACUGACGCUGCAGUACAAAGGUCACGAAUUUCUGCAAAUAAGUUACCAUAUUCCAACCACGUGUGACCUACCGUCUUGCCAGAAAGCCCUUUGGCAUGUUUUCAAAUCAUUACCCGCCUACGAAUGCAAAAGGUGUCGCUUCAAGCUGCACAAAGAGCACGUGGACAACAACAAUCCGCUGGCCCCGUGCAAGCUGCAUCAUGAUCCCAACCAUGCUCGCGAGAUGCUCCUGCUGGCAACGUCCAACGAAGAUCAGGCGCGGUGGGUAAGCAGACUGUCGAAACGUAUCCAGAAGAGUGGAUACAAGGCCAACUCGACCAACAACCUGCAGCAAGGCGGCAGCUCUGGUAGCAGUAGCAGUGGUAAUGGAGAUGGUAGCAAAAUUAGUCCAAGUCAAUCGACCCGUUCCAAUUACAAGCCGUACGCUGUGAAUGUGCAACGGUCAGCUACUCUACCGGCAAACGCUUCGCUGAAGCAGCAGCAAUAGACGGAGGAGUUCUUCCAUCAGUGUCACUACUACUAUUACUACUACUUCUACUCCUACCAUUACUACUAUCAACAUCUUCCUAACUUUCAAGCAAAUGUUAAAAAAACGCAAAUUGGGCUGUAAGCUGCUAAACCGGUCCAUUUAAGGACAACCAAAUGCUCACGACAGAUACACUGCGCAACCUCUAGCUCAAAAAUCUUCAUCAGUGAGAACGAAUAUACUUUAAAGGGAAAUUUGUCACCAUUCGUAAGCUAAAUCGAGCAAUAUUAGCGGCAGCAGCAAGAGGAAGCAUAGAAUACCAACUAGUAGGGAAGUAGGAAGGAAGAACAGUCAUUUGAUUUAUGUACACAGUCGAGUCAGUAGUAGAGCACGCGCAUUUAUUAAGCAAACAAUGAAGAAUAAUGCUAAUAGGCUUUUUAUUGUAACAAAAUAAUUUAUAAUCUGUCGUUUUGGUUCAGACUAGGAACGGGGUUUCGUGAACGCUAUUUUAAAUUGCGCUCGGCGUUGAUUAGCUUUAUUGGUAAGUUUUAGAAGAUGGGAUCUUUGCUUCGUACUUCUAGGAAAAAAAUUGUAUAAAAAGGUUAUUCGAAUUAUAGGGAAAAAAAAUCAUCAACUGUUUCAAUAGGGUUCAUAUAUCGUAGUUUUGUUCUUAUCAAGACGGCCGCAUUAAACUUUUCCAAAGUAUUAAUAAUAGAAACUUUCGCAUGCUACUCAAAAUUCUGCUACAUUACUUCUCUCAGUGAUGGGAAAUGUCACAAAAUCACAUUUGACACUAAUUCGGCUCUCACGUCACCAGUUCUAGAUUCAGAGUAACAACCUAUUAGAAAAAGUUAAAGGAUCCUUCAAGGGUUACAUGUUUAAAUAACACAAUGGUAAAUAACUUGUGAUGAAAGUUAUUAGCAAAUUAGUCCCAUGAUAUCGAAUUGACAUUUCCCAUCAAUGCUUCUCUCGAAGGAAUUGAUUUUCGUUAUGAUGUAACUAAGCAAAAAAAUGAGUAAUGCACGCAUUUUAAAUGCUAAUAGGCCUGUAAUCAUUAUUUUUACUACUCUGGUGGAUUUUAAUGCGAUACUUUCUCUGAAGUGUUAAUAAUUGAAUAUUUGAAUAGGAAAAUAUUUAGCAGUUUUAGCGAAAUGUCUUCACUUGCCAUAAGACGAGUUAGUACUAUCUCAUACUGUACUAUCCCAUAAUAUGCAUAUGAUAAUACUAACUCGUAUUACGACAAAUAAAUACUUAUUUAAAUGUUUUUUUAUUUGAUUUGAUGAUUCUAAUGUUGAAUUUAGAAUAUUUUGGGAAAAACCAUUCUUCCUGUAUGUAGGUAUUUCGCUAUGAAAGGAUUUCGAGCUCGACUGAGGAUAUAUUUUGUUACCUUUUUUCCACUAAAAAAGGGAAACGCAUCAUCCAUCAAAAGAUCUACAGACUCGAAAACAAUCAAAAUUAUUUCGUUAAAACCUUACCGACGCUAGUAGAAACCAAAAUGAGGUUUCUGGAGCUCAGUUUCCUACUGCCGAAAUAUUGAUUUCUCCCUAUGUUUUGGUUUUGUGCGAUAACAGUAUAAUAACAAUUGAUAAGCUGGACAGAAGUUAUUCCAUAAGGUCAGAUCAAUUUUUUUAUUUCGAAUUUCUAACUCGGAAUUUAAAUGAAACUGUUUAAAAAUGUUUAUUUUAAUAAUGGAAAUACAGAACAUAGCUAUUAAACAUUCUAAAUUCGUUAAUUUAUAAAGCGUAUUUUGAAUCCCCGUUUCUACGAAAACGUUUUCACGCCUCUUAACAUAGAAACAUUCCUAACGCUUUGUCCCACAUUUUUUGUACAGAUUCGCCAACAUUUCAAUACUGACUGAUAAACUGUUAUGUUUUUGCUAUUGCUUUUUUGCAUAACACCUCUAAAUAAUACGCAAUCAUUCGACUACCCUUUUCGGUAAAAAAAACACUUCAUCGCUGAGUUGCUUUCCCCAUCAAAUUUCCAUAACACUGUUAUUAAUACUUGAAUGAAAUUGUUAAGCUAAUCGAAAUUCAAACCACUGUUAUUUAUGUGUCCUAUUCAACCGGCUCGUAAAUUAUUCUUCGUUUCGAAAUAAAAAGAAAAACAAAUCAGCAAGUUUAAAGUGUAGGUGAUACAGGCAAGUAAAUGAGAAUUUAAGCGAGUAACAAAUUAGAAUUUGUUCUAGUUUUCUUAAAGCGAUGUAAGGUGGUUUUUAUACUUAGGAAUUUGAACUAAACAGAGAGUGUGUGAGUGGGUGAGAGAAUAAAAGAGUGAUCGUUGUAAUUUGGGGAAUUCAAAAUUCCCCAGCAUGGAACAAUAACUUGCUAGUAAUACAAUAAUUAACAUGCAGGAAACGAGUAAAUGGAAAAAUGGUAAUGCGCAGCUAUUCUUUGUUAUUGAACGCGUAAGAUCAAAAACUCAAAUGUAUUUUCUUAGCUGACAUUUACAUUUUUGUCAUAGAAGAAGAUAAAUGAUUCGUUGAAAUGUGUACAAUGUGAGAAAUUCGUUGACUCGUAUAUAUAUGCAAAUAAAUCUAAGUGGAUAUUUUUUUUUACAAAGUAACCAUUUUACAUUGUAUAAUAGAUUAAAACCAAUUCCAUUACGAAACAAGUGCCUUUAAAUCGUAGAACAAACGAAACGUAAUAUAAAUACACUAAUUUCAUAUAACGAAACACAACUAGGAAAACAGAAAAAAUGGACCACUUUUUCAUACCAAUCAACUUUAAAGGUUACUCUUUAAACACAGAUAGUACGGUGAUAUGGCGUAAGAAUCAAACCAGCACUGUGAGCUUUAGAUAAAUACAUCAACAUUUUUUUUCAAUUGAUCGGCUCAUCUAAUAUAUAUGGAAAAUGUAAGAAACGAUA